AUGGCGUUCUCCAGAAUUGCUGCGAUGCGAUCCUGCUUCCGAACAACACGACCAGCCGCCGUCCGUCCUCAAUUGUUCCGCAACGUUGCCCGUAGAAAUUAUGCCACCGCCGACCCUCACAAGGCUGCAAAGGCCAGCGGCGAUGCUGUGUGGGCUGCUGGUGCUGUCGCAGUGACGGUCCCAACAUGCUGGUUCCUCCUUUCAAACCAGCACGAGUCUUCUCACGGACAUGACGAUCACCAUGAUUCUCACGCAGAGGAGCAUGAAGAAGAGAAAGAAGAGCCGGAGGAGAAGGAGGAGCCAGAAGAGAAGGAAGAACCAAAGGAGGAGGAGGAGGAAGACAAGUCCGACGACAAGGCCGAGGAGAGCAAAGAAACCGACAGUGACAAAGACUCCGACAAGCCGGAUGAUUCUGAUUCCAGCGAUGAGAGCGGAGCUGAUACACCGGAUUCUUCGGAGGAUGAGAGUGACGGCCCUGAAAAGAAGAACGGCAACACAAAGAAGAUCAUCCCAGACGCAAAGGGAGGAAAGAAGUUGAGACUUGAAAGUGAUCAGGGCACCAAAUCUGGCGCUGUUGACGAUCAGGCUGCAACGGCAGGCAAACAUAGUGGUGCCCAGGAAGGCUUGUCUAAUACAGAUACAAAACAUUCCACUGACAUCAGCGAGAAUCCAAACAAGAGCAAAAAGGCAGAGGGAACCCCAGAGACGGCGAAAGCAAAGGGCCCUGUUGACCCCAAUCGACCUGCAAAAUAG